UGACCUGUGACCGCGCGUGGCCGCUCCGCUCGGUCUCGGCCUGGUCCUGGAUCCGGAUCCGCCGUUUAUGAUGGCGGAAGCUGUGCGCCCCAAGAAGUCUAAGCACUCAGCAAAAGUGGAGGACAAAAAGAGAAAAGCAAUGACAGAAACUAAGAAAAAAUGUUCAAAACCUGAAUCAGAUCAAGAAUCAGCUUCUCAUGCAAUAACAAAAACACACAUUUCCUCAUCCAGUCCAAUUGAAGCCAAAAAAAAACAAAAAGAAACUAUUUUGAAACACGAGAGCCAAAGUGAAGAACACCAGUUUCUUCCAGAUUUGCUGGUAGCUGACAAUACUGUAAAAAAUACUCAACAGUCUGGGUCAUUGGUGGAAGUGGUGUCCACUGCAAUUGCAGAAACUGAAAUUGAUUCAAAACAACAUGUUGGGUUGGACUGUAAAAAUCAACAGUGUCAUCUAAGUCAGACCAAAAAAUUAAACAGUCACCAUAUCCCUUACGGUAGCGCUGUACUCCAAGAGGUAUGUGGGAUUUCGGAGACUAAUGAACUACCUUGCUCUAGUAAGACCACUAUUAAUCGAAACAAACAUUUGCAGGAUAUUAGUGAUGUUGAAUCUGCUGUUCGCAGUGUUUCAGAUCCAAUUCUGUCGCACUCCAGAAGUACUGCUUCACAGAAUGUAACAGUUGAUUUGAAGGAAAAGGAGCUCUCGCAGAAUAAGGAUGUUAAAAAACCUGCUAUUUUAAUACUGGAUAAUUGUGGAAAAGAGACUGUGGAUAUGAAGCUGCAUAAUAUCAUGACUGAUCUCCCUGUACAGUUAACUGUUGAGAGACUGUACCCUGAUUUGCCAUUUGAGGCCAAGAAAGACCCCAAAACUGCAUUCAUUGAGCAGGUUGCAUCUUAUUCUGGAACACUCUAUCCAGAUAUUCCAUGUGAAGUUGUACCAUUUUCAAAAGAAGAGCUCAAGAUGUUUUCAUUAGGUUCAUGGCUGGAAAAUGUUGAUACAUAUGUUGAAGAAUUUCUUUCUGCGGCCACUCAAGAUAAAAAUGAGCUUUUUGAACUUCUUAUGAACUAUGGCAGAUGUAGGAAACAACUUCUGCAGGCCGAAGUGGAAUUGCAGACAAUGAUGUAUGAUUAUGAAAGUAUCAAAAAAAAGCUGUGGACGUUUAAUGAAGAGCAACUGACUCUCCAGGGAAUUUGUGCUGAUCAAACAAAAGUUACAGCCUAUCAUCGAUACCAGACUGUGGAGAUGAACAAUUCAGUUGUUGCAGAGCUGCAACGGAUUUUACGUACUAAGGCUGAUCACUUGCAUCAAACACUGGCUCUACAUGCCUAUACUUCAGUGCUCUCCCGACUGCAGGUGGAAUCCUACAUCUACAGGUUGUUAAACAGCUCAACUGCAUUUAGAGCAGUGACAGGUCUACGUAGGCGAGAUGAUCCAGAACUAGAUUGCAGCCAUUCAGAUCUGCAGCUUUUAAAAGAAAACAUCAGUGUACUGUUUAGCUUUACCCGAAGAACAAUUGAAGAUGAUCAGUUCCACAGUGACAUUCUUCUCUGGCUACAGAAAUUGGUUGCAGUGUUACACCGAGUUGGCUCUUCGGCUGAUCACCUCUUUAUUCUGAAUCACAUCCUUCACUGUCCGGCAGGUGUGAGCAAAUGGGCAGCCCCAUUUGUAAAGAUAACAAUAUUCAAUAAUCCUUCAGGCAUCUUUCUCUUUAUGCAAGCCCUAGCCUGCCUUCUGUCACCAAUCAAGCAUCGAUCUGAGUUUCUGAUGAACAUAAAGCCAAGCUCCAAAAAGUUACCUCCGCCCUCGCCAGAAGCAAAAGAUAUACAGAACUGGACCUUGGUAGAUGAAGCUGGGGAAGAGGAUGAAGACCCUGAAACCAGCUGGCUACUACUAUCUGAGGAUGACUUUGUUACCCUUCUGUCACAGUUUCCUUUUGAUGAACUUUUUAAGCAAUUACUUGGAAUAACUGUAAAAGGUGAAUACAAUCCAGAAAAAAACACAAGUGAUCAGAUGAUGAAAAUCAUUGGAUUUGCGUCCUCAUUGGUGGAACUGCUGGCAGUAGGUUUGGAAACUUUUAACAGAGUACGAUACAGGCAAUUUGUGAAAAGGAUUGGUCAGAUGAUCAGGAGAACAAUUUGUUACAUAAGUGACCACUGGGCUCAGUAUGUCACUUUUCACAAAAAGCAUGAAGCUAAGAUACAUCACCAGUUUUAUUCUCUUGAAAAGCUGCAAAUAGAAUUUGAUGAGCUGGUUCUUCGGGCUGUACUUCACGUGCUGAAAGCCAAAAGGUUGGGAAUUUGGUUUUUCAUGUCUGAGAUGCCAUUUGAAACCUUAUCAACUCAGAUGAUAUGGAAACUCUUCUACAUUCUGCACUGUGCAGAAAGCGAAAAUGUUGAGAGCUUGUGUGCUACACUACGUACUGACGAAUGCAAAAGUAAACUUAAAGAACCUGAACAUAAACAAAUGUUUGAACAAUGUCUGUCCAACAUUACCAACUCUGAAGGAAUAUGCCUUCUCACCACAUUUGCACAUAUGACUCAACCAAAGCAAGGAAGUUUGGAUCGCGAGUUUGUCAAGACAGUUGCUUUAGAAAUAUAUGAGGUAGCCUUUGUAAGUCUUUGCACAAGAGAAGCCUUUUCCAAGGUUGGCCGUGAUCUUUUGGCCACAAUUUUGACUGCUAAUCCUGAUAUAAUCUCUGUACUUCUGGAUCGAGUCCAAGAAACUAUUGAAACAGUUGGCAUGGUUUCUCUGUACCUAUUUAAAGAACUUCCCCUGCACCUAUGGAAAAUCACGUCAACUGAAGUUGAUAUAAUUCAUGACUGGCUUCUGAACUACAGUUUAUCCACUGUGCAGAAUAAAUUGGCUUGCAUCAUCCUUGAAGGACUGAAUUGGGGUGUUGACGAACAGCAAUCAACCCUUGCUCUUGAUGCUUCCCUUCACACAGAAGUAGCAUUGAUGGUUCUGGAAGUGUAUCAGAAGUACCUCACUGAUAAACCUUACAGUGGAUUCAUAUCUGAAAGUUUAAAACAGGUGUCAUAUUUGGCUAAUGUUGUUCGCCUUAGUCAGACUCCCGAGGCGUUAUUUAAUCACUGGGCAUGGGAAUUGGUUGUCAGGUUGAAGCUGUGUAAUAAUCAUCCAUGCAAAACCCAGGAUCAGUCAUCAUUUCACAGCUCCUUUGCUGCACCUGAACUGAAUGAGUCACCUAACCUCCAUCCUCUGUCUAAAGCUGUAAAAGCCGGCAUUCCUAUUGGUUGUUAUCUUGCAUUGUCAAUGACAUCAAUAGGUCACAGCAUUGACAAGUUCUGCUCUGAAGGAGUACCUCUGCUGGGUGUAUUAAUACAGUCCAAACAUCUUAAAGCAGUAGUCCACAUGUUGGAUAAGAUCUUGCCACUCUUCUACCCAUGCCAAUAUUAUCUUCUGAAAAAUGAGCAGUUUUUAAUGUAUAUGCAGCUUUUUCUUCAAACUGACAGUGGUGUGCUUCAAGGAAUGACUCAGCAAGUGACCCAGAAAGUAGCACAACAUUUGACUGGCACCAGCUAUGGAGAAAACAUCAAACUAUUAAACAGUAUGAUCCAGACUCAUGUCUCAGAAAACAAUAAACCUGACCAAGUUGGAGCAGCUGCUGUUCUAGAAUUUUGGAUUCAGAUCUUAACAAGUCAACAGCUGUGGCACAAAGACAAAAGUGUUUUGUAUUUGAUGGAUAAUCUUUGUAAAGUGGCAUUUCUUCAUCAACAGGAAGAUUGCUUGCAAAAGUCCCUUUAUCAACUGCACAAGAGUGCCCUUGGAUACCACGGUGAUCGUGGAUUACUAACUUCAUUCAUGAGCUGGAUGUUAGCUGGCAACUUGACUCCAUCAUUUAUUGAAGGCAAUGCCACUGCAACUGAGGUGUGGUUUUCCUGGAUCACAUUUAACAUGGAGGCAAUCUUUGAAGAAGAUUCUCAGCUCCGUAGAUAUGUGGAACUUGAAUUAAUCAGUAAACCUUCAGUUACGCCAGAUCAAGCUUUGAAGAAGGCACAAAGCCACUUGAAGUUGCCAGUUGUUCCAUCCAUUCAGCGGCUAAUGAUCUAUCGCUGGGCCCAUCAAGCUUUAGCUACUCCUGCAGAUCAUCCACUUCUUCCUCUCAUCUGGCAGAAGUUCUUCAUUCUCUACCUUCAUCGGCCUGGGCCAGAGUUUGGUUUGCCAGUAAGUGGCUGUAUUGGAAAACGUUAUUUUUAUACAACUUCGCACUCUAACUUGCUGAAAGAAAUGAAAAAGCGCCUUGUCGAAAUAGCAGACUUUCAUCAUGCAGCUGGUAAGGCAGUAAAAAUCUGGAAGGAUGUAGAUCGUGCUGACAAUGCCUCAACAUUGAAAGAGAAAAAUGAAAGUCACCUGCUUGAAUCCAUGACAUCCCCAGAGCUGCAUAAAGAAUUGCUCAGGCUUUUCCAUGUUUUUGCCUUUUGGCUGGAUGAUAUGAAUCUACAGAAGACUGAUCUUUAUCUGCCUUCUCUACCGGUGCAAUAUGAUACACAUAGAUUGGCAAAGGUCAUGCAGAACCAGCAGGAUCUUUGGACUGAAUAUGUGGAUAAUGAACGCAUUAAGCAUGAAUUCACUGAGACUUUGAAUCUAUGGAUCCAACUCCACCAAAAGCCUUCUACAGCAUUUAGGGCAUCAAAUUUGAAUAACUUUUUUGAUCCACUUUCAGCAAAAGACAGAAUCUUCAGCAAUCUGAAGACUCACGAUGCCCCUGUCCCUACUCUGUCCCCACAACGUGUGAAAGCUCCUGUUCCAGAUAUUAUUGAAACCAGUCUAUCAGAUAAAAAGAUGGCAACUAAACUCAUUCAACAAAAUCUUAACAUCUUACGACAGCAGGCGAAAAUUGCAGCCCAAUGGGAGUCACAGCAAACAGUGCUGGACUGUGAGCUUUUGGAAAUAUUACCUAAAUUGUACAGCAAUCGAGAGGAACAAAUCACAAAGAAACUAGAAUGCCGUGGUAGCUCUUCAAAUCAUGUAUGCCAAGGAGCAGCAAAAAUCUCUGUGAAGUGUAAAGAAUUGUACAAGAAUUCUGCCAUCCAAAAACAGCUUGAUGAUUUAGUUAAAGACAUUAAACAGCUGCAAAUUGAUGUUGCCAAACCACCACCUCAAAACAUUGCUGAAGCUGCUGUAUUUGUGGAAAACUUUAUAACGGCCUUGGUAAAUGCCUUCAAACUGCAUCAUUCAGAAACUUUUCAGAAAGUUGGCAUUGCCCUGUUCUAUGAGAUUGUGUCUUUUGUUUGUGAUGAAACUCAGCAACAUCCACCAACAAGACAGUUCUUCACAUCGUGUAUUGAAAUUCUUGGACAGAUUUUUCUUAGUUGUGCUAAAACAGAAAGCAAAACUAUGUUGAGAAAGGUUCUUCAGAAUAGAAGAUUAUGCAACCUUCUGUCACCGUACUUCACCCCAAAUAUAUCUCCAGAUGAAUUUGUCAACCUUUAUGAAGAAGUUGUCAAAGUCCUCCACACAAAUAGUGGGGAUGUCAUCUUCAUGUUACUAACGAAGUUUGAUCUUAUUUUAUGGUUGAAUUCUACCAAGCCAGCUAUGCCUGAACGGACGCGGCUGCUGGAGAUCAUUCAUUUCGCCCUGACUUUGUGUGGCUUUCAACCAGAGGAAGAAGUUCAAAUGGCUUUUAACAUUUUUUGCAAACACUGGAUGUAUGUUCUACAAUAUCAAUUCCCUGAUCACUAUAGUGACUUCCUGAGACUUCUGAUGCAGAGCUCUUCAGAACAGAGACUAAACCUUGAGUGCUGGAAGGCUGCUUUGAAAACCUUAAAUUGUACCUCUGAAGAUGAACAUGAACCCCCAAUUGUAAAAUAUGCAGAAACACACCAAUGUUCUCAAAAGAUCAGGCUAUCAUAUGAACAGGUACUGGAAACCAUACAGUGGCUUUCUGAUUUCUUCUUCAAACUGCGCCUUUCAAAAGCAGAUUUAAGGAGCUUUGGUCUGUUUUCAAAGUGGACUCCAUACAUGAAUGAAGUGAAGAAAUUAUUGAUGUUUCUUGUUCGGUUUCUUAUUGAUUCUGAGAGUGCCAAACUUGCCCAAGAGCCUCCAUGCAGCAUCAAAAAUGCGACAGGUUUGAAAAUGGUGUAUACAAAGCUGGUGGGACUUUUCAGGCCAUGGCUACUGGUCCUAAAUACAGAGGGAGCAAGCAAUAAUCGUUCAUAUCCUUGGCUAGAGAUUGACACUCCAGUAGCAUCUGGCAUGGUGAAGUUAUUUACCAGAAGUGUUGGUUAUCUGCAUCAAAGAUUUAGAGAUAGACUAAUUCCUGGACAACGAGGAGCUCUAUGGUUCCACUUGAUGCAUUAUUGUGAAACUUGCACUAUACCCAAAAUGCCAGAGUAUAUCCUGUAUACCUACCACUCAGAAUAUUCCAGUCUGCCAUGGAAAGAGUUGUUCCCUGACCAUGCCUUAAUGGAAGAGGUCUUUAAAGUAGAGAGAGGAAGCCCAAAGAGCUGUUUCCUAUUUUUGGGGACCUUGCUGUGUGAAGUUAACUGGAUUAAUGUUCUUUCUGAUGCUUGGAAUCCCCAGCCUCACUUGCAGACACGGACAAUGAUUGUCUAUUUGUUAUUUAUGAUGGUUUUUCUAUCAAAAGAAGACAAACUUGUGCAUAAACCAGAAUCCUCAUUACGUAGCCUUCUUGGACAAUCAAAUGCCAUACCUUGGCAUUUGGUGGACAUAGCAUCAUAUCAAAAUGUCAUCAGCUACUUCAGUAGCCAUUACUCACCCUCCAUUGUCAUUCUAAAAGAUCCAUCAGCUGAGCUGAUACUGAAGCUUUUAAAAAUUGCUGCGGGUUUUUGUGAAACUAUGGACAUACACAGUGAUGCUACACACAAAUCUAGGGCAUAUGUCCACCAAGUCGUCCAGUACCUUGUCACUUUGGAUCAGAAUGCUCAGAUAGCCCAUGCUCAACUAAAUCGUGAAAUGAUAACACUAUUAGAUGAUAUUGUAAUCUUCAACCCACCAGAAGUGGACAGUCAAAUGCGUCACAUGGCAAUAGCCAGUCUUUUUAUGGAAGUGCUGAUGAUGCUGAAUAACACAAAUAUAACAUCAGCUGAGUCAUUGCGAGUGAGUUUGCGGUCAUGGAUUGAGACUAAGGUGUACUAUGAUCUAUCACUUCCACUGCUGACUGCAACUUGUCAAAGUCUGGCAUCUGUUAAACAUAUGGCCGAAACAACUGAAGGAUGCAUCAUGGCUUAUUUCAAGGAGGGAGCAUGUCUUGAUCAGUACUUUGGAUGGGGACCAAUUUUAGUAUCUCUUCAAGUACCUGAACUAACAGCAGAAGAAUUUCUCAAAGAAUGCUUGGAUUUAGGAAGUUAUUUGACACUUUAUGUGUAUAUUCUUCAGCAUUUGAACAUGGAGCAGACUCUGUCCAAUGAAAUGAAAAUACUGGUUCUGCUUGGUGAAUGGAUAGAACAAGUCUUUCCUUGUAACGCAAAUGAUGAGGCUAAGCUCUUCCUGUGGUGGCAUAAAAUAUUGCAAUUAGCAUUAAUCCAGCUUGAGCAGAACGAUGUAACAGCAUUGGAAAUUUUGAUCAGGAUACUAAGUACAUUACAAAAGAAGCAAAGUCAUCUGGCAGAGGAGAAAUUCUCUUCUGGACUUCUGGGAGCUAUUGGUCUUGGAAGAAAGUCUACCCUCUCAAACAGGUUUCGAAUGGUGGCGCGAAGCAUGUCAGCUUUCCUAUUGGUACAGCUUCCUGCAGAAAACCGCAUUCGACUAAAGCCUAGCUCGGAACUGCAGCUAUCUCCGAAAGCACAGCAGGCCCUGAAUGGACUCGAGUCAAUGUCAUUGAGCAAACAGUAUGCAGAUUACCAAGAAGAAAUUUCACAGGCUGUACUAUUUAUCAAGAACCCAAACCAUUGUCUUUUAGAUGGCAACAAACUAAUGGCUAUUCUUCUUAGUUUCCUUUACCCUGACACACAUUACCUAGAUAUUAUUCGCUAAAUGUUUUGCAACAGCAGGUAGUCCACUGUUUUCAUGAAGACAAAUUGAGAGACAGUAUCUCCACUGAAAGAAUUCUAACUAAAUAACUGCAUCAAUAGAUUAGUUCAGGUUGUUAGCUUCUUUAGAAAUAAAUGAUCAUUAUUAAACAAUAUCAGCCUACUACUUGAUAAUCCAGAAUUCUGCAUUUAAGUAGUAAAAUCUUACGUAUUGAUAUGUAAUAUCAGUGAGUUUCAAAAGUUUCUAUUAUUGAUAAAGCAUAUUCUUCGUCCUGAGUCCUCUGUUAUGCAUUAAAUAUUACAUCUUGCAUCCCAUGAAUGAAGAAAAACAAAUUAACUGUGCAUGUGAGGCUAUGAGCAACAACGUUCAGGUGAAGUUUAGUUAAGAUGGAAAUUACAAGGCCAAACAAAUGUAUUAGUUGAAUUUAAAAGUAAUCAAUCACCACUUGAUCCCAUUCUUAAAAGACAGAUCACGUGAACAUUUAUCUGCUAAUUCUGCUUGUGCAUUCCACAACCUUGUGACCCUUGGUAUAAAGAAACAAAACUCUUGUUCUCCAUCUUUGAUUUCUUUCAAUUAAUCUUAACCUUUGUUUUAGACCCAAGAAUCACAGGAAAUAGUUUGUGUAUUCUGUUCCAUCCUUUUAUAAUUUUAAAUGCCUCUAUCAAAUAUCCAGUAAUUUGUUGAAGUUAUAUUUGAAGGAAGGUUAUUCUUCUGAAUGGAACAAACAACUUAAAUUUUGUUCAACAUAUCUUCAUAAUUCAGUACAAAAAUUGUGAAGAACCUGUGCAUACUGGAUUUGCAGUAGGAGUAGCCAGUUUGGCCUCUACUCUGUCUUACCCCACAUACUCUUUGAUUCUGUUGUCAGCUAAGAAUGUGGAAUCUUGCAGCAGUUAGCUCUUCUAGUUUAGCUGGUGACCUGUUCCUGCCACAUAGUUUCUUCUCCACAGGUGUACUGAGAUAUGAAGUGAUGAAAGAGAUAAACAGAACAAUUAUCACAAGCAGUUAUUUCAGUUACGUGAAAUGGAAUUCUGUGGCUAAGUAUAAUUAAUGUUGAAAUUAUCUAUGGAAAUACAAUGAUUAAUUUGUAUGUUCACUUGGAAUUCAGAUCUCUGCUGUUUUAAGAAAUGUGGAACAAUUUAUGUUUUUUUUAAAUGAGCUUCUUUAAAGUAGCACUUUGAAAUCAGAAAGUAGUAACAGCCUUUUUGUGAGUGCCUUUUUCUUUUCACAUGUAAGCACAUGAUGCAAAUAAAUUAUGAUGUACACUUUAAUUUUCGUAAAUAUUUUAUGACAUGCAACUGAUGCUGUUAGGUUAUUUAACAAAAUAAGUUGUGACAUUAUUGGUGCCAUAAUACAUGGAAAUACAAUAUAUUGAAUAUUAUACUAAUAAAGUUGAAGACUUUCAAUGUUACAAAAUGAAUGUGCAUUGGCAAAAAGUGGACUUCCAUGCAUUUUCAGCUGGGAAAAUGAUCUGAUUUCAGUCAAACGAUACCUUUUUGUUUAAAUGACAUUCAAGUUAAUUGAUGAGUUGUUAAUGAUAGUGAACCUUGGAUGCUAUUAAUGAUGGGACAAGAAACAGUAAACUCAUAAUUACAGCCAAUAUCUAAUUUAGGAAAAUGAGUUUAACAACUGUUACAUGAACCAGAUGUUAAUGUGUACAGAAAGUACAACAUUCCUCAAUGAAUGCAGGAAAGUAUUUUAUGUCACAAACCUAUGUUUUAAAAUAUCUAAUUAUAGCUGAAUAUUUUUUUCUCUGUUUAAAAAGCAGAACGUUUAAGUGAUUUAAUCUGUAUGGUUCAAGUUAUUGAAAGCAGAUCUUGGGUGCUGCUAUUAGUGAUUGUGAUGCUGUGCACUUUACAGAACUGAAUAAAAUUAAGUUCAAAUGAAAUCACUAGUAUCUUCCACAAUGUGAAGAAUUUCUUGCACUCUUUCUUUAGACGUUCAACUUCAAAGUUUUAUUUACAUUGGAAUUAAUUUGCUGGAAGCUACUGGUAGGCUGAUGUUUGAAGUGUCAAAUAAGAUUCAGUUAAUACUUGAAAUAUGCAAUAUAAUGCUUCUAAACUGGCUCCUGUAAAAACAAGUUUUUUUAUGAAAUUGGAAGUAAAUAUGUAUUUGACAUUCAGUAGCUGUACUUUGACAAUGAUAUGUUUAUUGAGUGCAGUUUUAUUUUUGAGCAGUGUUGUAUAUAAACUACAUUGUGGUCUUUUACUCCUUUGUGUC